CGUACUAUAAAAGAACAUGUACUUAGUCGUUAAGCAAUAGUCUGUGUAAAUAAGUUGUAGUUUGAAAGUAUAACAAUGCUUGCAGUACUUUUAUUUUUAUCGUGCCUUUCUGCAAGUCUAGCGGAAACGUCGAACGAAGAAAAUGUGCAAUGUUUCGAGGAAAUUAAAGAAUUCUUUAAUCUUGCAUUUGAUACGCUGGUUUUGCAAUCUGUAGAACUAUUUGGGCCAGAAAAAAUAGAAACUAUGAUAGCAAACCUGGCAACCAAAUCACCUUAUGCUCGUAUGCAAACGCAGCAGAGCUGGAGUUCAGAAUCCUCCUCAGAAUCAUCCUCAGAAUCAUUUGAGCAAAUUUCCAAUCAUGCAGCCCAAAAAAUGGCUGCGUUGUUGGGAAAGUUGGACUUUCUAAUACAAAACAUUAACCACACUAUUUCCGCCUCCUCGUGUGUCAAGCAUUUACAAUCAAUGGAUGGUGCCAAACUACAACAACAGCUAGCUUUUAGCUGUGAAACUUCUCCUCUGGUAUGUUUCGUAUUCCGGGUACUGCACUGGAUGUAUGUAGAACCUACGUACGAGAUUCUACAAGUAUUACGCCAUUGGAUACAGAUACAAUUCGUCAACAAUGGUAUGACCUAAAAGUCAAUGUCCAAUCGCAAUGUACAAGCUGUAUAUUAGAUUGGGUUUUAACUGCCUGUUUCAGAUUAGAUACAGCUUCGUUAUCGACGGUAGGCCCUCUGCUGCCGGAAAAAGUAGUCCCGACCCCGACAAUACCGUGACACCUGAGCAGAUAUCGGUGCGCACCUGAGAAGAUAAGCACCAAUUCUUGUAGGUGACGGGAGAUUUGCGCACAUGAUUGAAUGUCGGGACUACAAACUGAGUUUUAUUUGAAUGGUUGAAUGAGAUCUGACAAAUGCGUUUCUUGAAUCAUAUCUUGACAAAUAACUGCGCAAGAACAAUUAUGAAAUGGAUGAUGGAAAUGCCAACAAAAAAGAAUCCCACUUACAACUUUCAACGCCAAACAUAAUAAAGAAGCCUCAACUGAUAGUAAUUCUGUGCUGUAAUUGUAGUAUUUUUAGUUUUAAUCUUCUCGUCUUUUGUGGUAACUUUUCAAUCGUGAUGAAUCUGUUCCCACGCAUUUAUCUGCAUACUUCAUCUUUUUUUGUUGAAACGAACACUCUCGAAGCGCUAGAAAAGCCACCGACACCCAAACUGCUGUACAACUGUAACAAACCAAGCCC